UCUUCUUCUAUCUCCAAAAUCCAAAUACCCAGAACACAUACACAAGUUUCAGCUUUGACAUUUCUUCAAAGCUCUCGGAAGAAAUGCAAUGCCUAUUUGAGCUCCUUCAAUCGAAUUAGAUACCAAAUAUAAGAAAUAAGCAAUGUCUCGCUCUUACAGCCUUACUUCAAUUUCUUCUCUGUCUUCUCUCUCCGCUUCUCCUAGAAAAUCAAGCGUCCCUUUAUCCUCAAUUUCGAAGGCUCCGGUCGUCCGCUGCACGCUUCAAGGGGCUGUUUCUGAGCCAAAUGCUACCUCUGUCGCUGAACCCCUUUUGCUUAGUGCUGUUCGAGGAGGAGAUGUUGAGAGACCCCCAGUUUGGCUUAUGAGACAAGCAGGGAGGUACAUGAAGAGCUAUCAAAUCAUAUGCGAGAAGUAUCCUUCAUUUCGUGAAAGAUCGGAGAAUGUUGAUCUUGUGGUGGAAAUUUCUCUACAGCCCUGGAAUGUUUUCAAGCCUGAUGGGGUCAUUCUGUUUUCAGAUAUUCUCACCCCUCUUUCUGGGAUGAAUAUACCUUUUGACAUUGUGAAAGGCAAGGGUCCUGUAAUAUUUAAUCCUCUACAAACAGCUUCUGAUGUUGAUCAAGUAAAAGAGUUUGUCCCUGAGGAGUCAGUUCCUUAUGUUGGGAAGGCAUUGACAAUCUUGCGAAAGGAGGUAGAUAAUAAAGCUGCAGUGCUGGGUUUUGUUGGGGCUCCUUUCACCUUGGCAUCGUAUGUUGUUGAAGGGGGUUCCUCAAAGCACUUCUCAAAAAUCAAACGAUUAGCUUUCUCUCAACCCAAGGUUCUUCAUGCAUUGCUGCAGAAGUUUUCCUCCUCCAUGGCAAAGUACAUUCAAUACCAAGCUGACAACGGGGCUCAGGCUGUUCAGAUUUUCGACUCAUGGGCUACAGAGCUAAGUCCAGUGGAUUUUGAGGAGUUCAGUCUGCCUUACUUGACUCAAAUUGUAAAUUCUGUGAAACAAACACAUCCACAUCUCCCAUUAAUCCUCUACGCAAGUGGGUCUGGCGGCUUGCUUGAAAGGCUAGUAAGAACAGGCGUAGAUGUUGUUAGCUUGGACUGGACAGUCGACAUGGCUGAAGGCAGGAGAAGAUUGGGAGCCGAUGUGGCUGUUCAGGGUAACGUGGACCCUGGCGUUCUUUUCGGUUCAAAGGAGUUCAUAACCAGUCGGAUAAACGAUACAGUGAGAAAAGCUGGUAGAGGGAAGCAUAUACUCAAUCUUGGUCAUGGAAUUGUAGUCGGCACACCGGAGGAGAAUGUUGCUCAUUUUUUUGAGGUUGCUAAAGGAAUUAGAUACUAGCAGCUGAGGUUGAUAUUAAAUUUAUGCUGUAUUAUGCUCAAUCCAUGUACUAUUAGCUCCUACUUCGAUCUAGUGAGUUUUGAUGCCGAUUUGUCUUUUCCUGCCCUAUUUUUGUUUCAAUUUGAUGUACUCAAGCCAAAAUCAUUAAACAUUAACUUACGAUA